GAUCUUUUUACGUUCAUUCUGUCGUAUUGAACGUGUAUCGGUAUUAUUACAUAUGUUGUGAGAAUGUUUAUUGAAGCUUUUGUGACUAAUGAGUUGUCAUGAAUCGCUUUGGCUCACUUUUAUUUUGAAGGAUAAAACACAAAGUCGCGGGACAUCACUGCGCACGCGCACAUUAUCAAAGCCGUUGACUGCUGGCAGUGAAGUUGGGUGUUUACCUUGAUGUUAGUAAUGAUCUUUUGACGUUAUGGUACACAGAACCCAUGACCCGAGUGUCCCCAUGUAGAGCCUCAUGGUGAUGGAGGAGGUCCUGAAGAACCUGCAGAGCACCGCGGAGCUGCUGGCCGCGGUGCAGACGGACCUGGUGAGGCAGUGGGACACACAGACCCUGGACAGAGCCUUUCAGUGGGCCCUGUACUGUCAGCUCCUGUAUGCAAGGUUCAACAACAAGAAGACGAUCCGGAGCAUCAUGGAGAAACAUUUGCAGACCACCAAUGAAAGCCUAAGAGCCACCUUCCCGGGACACAUGGACGUCUCGUUCGGGGAUUUGUCGCGUUGUCAGCACCUCCUACUCACCAGGUUACUGAAGAACCCCGUGUUACCCAGGACCCACCUGAAGGUACUGGUCGGUAGUUUGAGUCCUAUGGAAGCACAUGAGAACGAGCCCGAGGACUCCAAGGGCCACGUUGAACAGCUCAUUGCGUGUAGAUCGGCGAGCAGAGUCCUGACAGCCAUGCCUGUGAGGACCAAUGCAUCUCCAGGUGUGGAUGCGGAGUUCCAGGGCAGGUUGGCAGAGGUCCAGGGCAGGCUGCUGAUGGAGACCCUGGAUGCGCUGUUUGGUGGAGGAGGAGAGGCGCACGCAGCGCAUGAACUGUUGGACGAGAUGCUGCAGAGAUGUGAGGAAGAGGACCAUGUCGUCUUGGUGAUUGCGUCUGCUUUAAGGAGGAACAUCAACACUCCAGCAGCAACAGCCUCCCGUGGUUUUCUCUUGAACUGGUUACAGCAAAACGAACAGCUGCUGCAAAAUAUGUGUUUGCAUGUGCCUCUUGAUCACAUCAUGAGCCAUGUCAAGGAAAACUUGGAGUUUAGGGCCAGGUACUGCGUUGUGCUCAAAAGGUGGGCCUCCGACAUGACCUUUGACAUAGACGAAGGGGAGUGGGUUCCAACCGGUACCACAGCGGGAGUGUCCUUCCAGAAGCUGACGGACCACUUUGCAGCCUUAGUGGAGACUUCCCCACUGCUCAGGGAGGAGGUGGAGAAAGAGCUCAAUGCUCUGAAGAUGGCAGACGGAGAUUUUGAUGUGGAAGGUCUCAGUGUUUGGGGGGAUCUCCUGGAAGUGUUAUCAAAGUAAUGAUGUGUUACAUGAUGUCGUUACGUUGCUAUCUUUUAUGCCAUUGUCAUUUUAGAUGCAGGUGUUUUACAUAUUUUUCUCAUAUCACUGAAACUUUAUUUAUCAAAUGUUUUGUGACUCUUUAUUUGUUUAAUAUAUUGUUCCAGACAUAUCAGAUGUAAGGCAUUCUAAAUAAAUGAAUCGAAAUGUU